AUUAUUCUGCGAGUAAGUAUGCAGUCAUUGGAAUGAUGGAAGCCUUAGAUUCGGAACUGUAUCACACAGGGAAACAAGGCAUUAAAACCACAAUCAUUUGCCCUUAUUUUGUUAAUACUCAAUUAGCUAAAGGCAUUCAAACCCAAAACCAUAUUCUUCCUGUUUAUGAACCAGGAUACGUAGCCAGUAAGAUCAUGGAUGCAAUUCAAAAGGAAAAGUUUUAUCUAACCAUGCCUGUGAUUUUACGCAUUCUUGCUUUCAGACUUCUCAUUCCUAGAAAAAUGGUACUAUUCUUCGAAUCUUGCCUGAAGAUCCCCAACAGCUUGGAUAAAGCCUUCGGUCGGAAGAAAAAGGAUUGA